UGCCACGCAGGAGUCAGUCUCACUCGAAACACUGCUCACUAAAGACUGCACUUUUCCUACUUAAUUUUUAUCCUAAUCUAUUCAUUCACACGCUAUUCACUCACACAGUUUAAUUGUUAGCCUACUUUCACCAAGAAGAAGAUAGAUAAAUAAACUUAAAAUUCGUCCAAGUUUGCUAAAUACGCUUAAUUAAUUAAGUCAGAUUCAACAAGAUCUCGAUUUUUUUUCCGGGUGCCGAGUGGAUUUCUUGGAUGGAAGUACGUUAUCAUCCAAGAUAAGUGUGUGGCUGGUGAUUUUACCUAAAAAAAAGUUAGCAUGAUGUCCACUCUUCUCGGGAUGCUGAAUGCACCCCACUCGCCCCCACCACAAUCUGCACAAGACCACUCCUCCCCUCCGCCGCACUAUAUCGAACUGAAAUAUUCCCCAGAACAAGACCCCACAAGUUGGGAACAGGCGCACAGUAACCUUUUGACCCAUCGACUCCUCCUCCUUCGAGGGGAUGAAGGAGGUCAUGGCGACGGGUCGGAUGGAUUUCAUACCCCGUCACCCCUCUCGUCCCCCUUUUCGCCCGGGUCGACCAACUCGACCACGUCGUCCACCCAGCACCCCGCGGACUACUUGCUCGCCACCUUUCCAGCGAAUAAUAACAAUAACAGCUACGUUAUCCACGGGCAGGUCGUGAUGUCACAUGACCUGACGACGGAUGACCAUCAUCAUCAUCAUCACGAUGACUUUCUCCAUGAAGAGGAGGGUUGUGGGGAUGAGGAGAAUAUUGGGAAUAUUGAGAAUUUGGGGCAAGUUGAGAAAUCCAAGAGGAAAGUGGGCACGAAAGGGGGUAAUAUUGCGAAGCGGGGUGGGAGGAAGGGGGGAAAGAAGACGAAAGUGAAGGCAGAGGGGGUGGAGAAGCCGCAGAAAAAGCAGAGGGGAAUGAGACAGGUCAAUCCUGUCGUCAUGAAGAAGCGUCGUUUGGCCGCUAAUGCUCGAGAACGUCGCCGCAUGCACAGUUUGAACCUGGCGUUUGACAAGCUGCGCACCCAUCUCCCUUCAAUCGGCAAGGACCAACAGCUCUCAAAGUUCGAAACGUUGCAAAUGGCGCAAGAAUAUAUUGAGCAGUUGUACAACUUUCUCCAGUAAAAGGGGACUUUUUUUGGGGGGGAAAGUCUUGUACAAAUCACUUUACAUAGUAAACCAUACUAGAUUUUUUUAUGUAUUUUACGUUUUUUUACUUACUUUUUACGAUUUUGGGUACGAUUUUCUAUUCCUCGAUAGAGAAGAAAGCAGAGAAAACGCUUAAAAUUUCUUGUAAAUAUCAGUACAAAGGAAUACAUAAUUUUGAUUAAUUGCUCAAGGAAAUAAAUAAUCAGGGGAGAAGGUGAGACUUCGAAAUGAUGAAAAUUAUACGCUUCACUUUCUCAGAGAUAGGUUUUAAGGCAGAGUUUUGUAGGAGUAGAUGUGCUUAUUUUUCCCUAACUUGCGCCAAUGGUGUGGCUUUUAACUAUGGCGCAAGUGACGAAUAAACGCACCUUUUGGGUAUCUUAUGAAACGAAUCCUAAACAGCUUACCUGAGAAGAUAUUGCAUUUUAAUAAGAGUAGAAUGAAGGGUAACUUGAGAUUUAUCAGAGAUCUUCAGUACUGAACUGGAAUAAUGAGUAAGACGACCUCGAUGUUGUGAUCUCUGUGAUGAUUAAGUUAGAAUUAGUUCGUAAGAUAACGUAUGUUCAGAAAUGAUAAGUUAAUAACUGAUAACCGUAGAAAAAUAUAUCUAAAUUAAUUAGAGAUUAGUUACUUUCACUUCAAAAUUAUGUAUCUAAUUAGUGCUUACGAAGACGAAUCAUUGAAAUAUUUUAUAUUGCCAAAAUAUUUAGUUGUGUUCUUAUCAAUGAUAAGUUAUCAUACAUAAUUAUAUAUACAUGGACCUUAUCUACAUACAUAUCUUUGUGCUCCCAGUUACUCAACUUUGUUAUAACAGAAUACCUGAUCCUGAAACAUAUUCGAUAUAUAAUAAGAUUUGAUAUAGCGAAAAUGCAUCCACUCCGAGAUGAACCAAGUGUCAAAGAAAUAUAUGAAACCGAGUGUCUUCCAGAGCUGCCGAGCUGUUUUAUAAAAUAAAAAAUAUUAGAAUAUUACAGCAAAACUAUUAAAUUUAGGGUAAGAAAGAGUAAUUAUUAUAUUUAGAAUGAAGGGUAACUUGAGACUUAUCAGAGUUUCAAAGAUGACCAAUCCGAAAAACCUGAUUGUCUCAAAUUUACAAUAAAUAUCAAAAUAUCCUCAAAACUCAUGUAUUCCUCGUAAUUAUUGAAAAAUAGAUAAAUAAAAAAUUUCAAAAAAAUACAAACAAAA